ACCCGCCGAAGAAGAUAAACUCCACCGAAGAAGAAGACAAGCUUGCCUUGUGGUAGCUGGCAGAUCUCUUCAGUUGUCCAAUUCAUUUUCAGUAAAGGGUAUUUUCAAGAAUGCCACCUAAGGGGAAAGGUGGCAAGGAGGCAGGGAAAGGUGGCAAGGAGGCAGGGAAAGGUGGCAAGGGAGGCAAAGGUGGAGCUGCUGCAGGGGGUGGAGACAAAGAAAAAAAGGAAGAGAAGACGAUUAAAGGAGGCACUUCUGUUAAGGUCAGACAUAUCCUGUGUGAAAAACAUGGUAAAUGUAUGGAGGCGAUGGAGAAACUGAAGGCCGGGGUUCGCUUCAGUGAAGUGGCCUCACAGUACAGUGAAGACAAAGCCAGACAAGGGGGUGAUCUGGGCUGGAUGAUAAGAGGGUCUAUGACCGGACCCUUCCAGGACGCUGCCUUCGCCCUACCCAACAGCACCAUGGACAAACCCAUUUACACAGACCCCCCCGUCAAGACCAAGUUUGGCUACCACAUCAUCAUGGUGGAAGGGAAGAAAUGAACCUAAGGCUGGUGGCGGUAAUGCACCAUUAACAGUGGAUGCCAACCACCAUUAAACCCCAUCGAAGAAGAAGAAUGACCCAAAGGAAAGAUCCACUACUCUUCACUUUGACAUUGGGACACUCUGCUUUCUCUGAGGAGAUGGCACAAUCAAAACAAUAUAUAUAUUUUUUUCUUGCAUAAUGUUUUUCAUGUCCUCGUAAUGGCACAACAAAAGCUAACAAUUAAAUGCUCUGUGAAGAGACACAGGCUAUUAAGAUGUAUGUACUCCUGUCUGUAGCUAAUAAAAAGUGGUGUAAUUUUUACACUGGUGGUCAAUUUAA